GUGCUUUAUUAGUCUCGCUUUUUUCUCUUUUUUAACGUAUUUAUAAAAACUCCCGUCUGGCGUUCGGCGACUGCUGGAAUCUACGUCGCCGGCCGUCUGAGGAAUCUGACCCACACAAACCCGUUUCUCUGUUCCCCACCAGCAGUGAACAGCCCGUUUUCCUUUCGUGAUGUGUACUUUUAUAUAAUAAAACACAAUUAAAGGAUAUCUAAACUUUGUGUUUUCUUUCUAUGUUUAUUUAUUUAUUUUUAUUUGCAGUGGUAGGAAGAGUUGGGUCUGUUUUGCUGAAGCUUCAAAGGGCGAAAUGGCAAUCCGAGGAGAUUUAUAGGGAUCUGGGUUUUGUUCUUCAUGUUUGUCUUCGUUGAAAUCUUCAGUAAGUUUUCGUGGUAUUUUAUUUCUUUUUUCUUUGUUGUCUUUAUCUCCAGGUCAAUAUUUGUGUUCUGAUCUUCCUUCCGUAGAAAUUUGCAAAAUUUUCGUUUUCAAAGUAAUUUGGAAGCAGGAAUUCAUCCUCUUAGGGUUUUGGGUCUUUGAUUUCUUUAGUUUCCGUGGUUUUUCUUUUUGUUUGGCCUCAAGGGGUUUUUGUGGACUUGUGCUUUUAAGAUCCCGGUGAAAUUAGGGUUUUUGGUUUUCAGUAAUUUCAGUUUAAUUUUUCUUUUGCUGUUGAUGAACUUGGUGUUCGUAGUUUCUUGAAGCCCAUGUGGAAAUUAUAGAUAUCCGGGUUCUGGGAUCGAGAAGUCCUAGAAAUGUUCCUCCAGUCUGUCUGAUCUCACUACUUGGUAGACUGAAACUGAAUUUCGCAUCUUUGUUUUAGAAUCUAAACCCUAGAAAUGUGACGUUUAUUCUGCAAUUCACUUCGAACUUGACCCUAGAAGUCCUAAAUUUAAUGGAUGUGGUCAAUACAAAUUUUCAUUAUCAGUUGUACGUUUACCCUUCCGUUUCCAUCGCCGUUUUUGGGAAGUCGGGUUUCUAGGGUCAGGUUUCUGAGGCUAUUCACCGCUCCUUAGAACUGGAUUGAGGCUUCGGGUUUCUGCAUGGAGUGCAACAAAGAAGAAGCUUUUAGAGCCAAGGAGACAGCAGAGAGGCGAUUCGCUAAGAAAGAUUUUGCAGGUGCCAAGAAAUAUGCAGUUAAGGCCCAAAAAUUGUAUCCAGAAUUGGAUGGCAUCUCUCAAAUGCUGGCCACAUUUGACGUUUAUGUUGCUUCGGAAAUUCAAAUCAAUGGGGAAAUUGAUUUCUAUGCAGUUCUUGGAUUGAAUUCAUUUGCAGAUGAAGAUGCAAUUAGGAAACAGUACAGGAAACUGGCGCUGAUGCUUCACCCUGACAAGAAUAAAACUGUAGGUGCUGAUGGGGCAUUCAAGCUUGUAUCUGAAGCGUGGACUCUCUUAUCAGACAGUGGUAAAAGAUCCUCUUAUGAUCAAAGGAGAAACAAACCAUCCUCGGCAAAUGUUGUCAAGACAAACUCUGCUGCAGUUCAGAAGCCCAUAGCUAAUGGCUCCCGUAACUGUACUAAAACUUCAUCUCAUGACCAGCCCAAGCCUCAAACUUUCUGGACUGCUUGUAGUUCGUGCAAAGUACAAUAUGAGUAUCUCCGCAAGUACCUAAACAACAAACUCUCCUGUAAAAACUGCCGGAGAACCUUUGUGGCUGUAGAAACAGGGAAAGCCCCCACCAAUGGUUCUAUCCCUUUCUGUUCUUGGUCAUUUGCUCCAGAAAAUUUGCAUGGAAAUCAUGGGUUCGGUGGUAUAACAUAUUUUCCAGCCAAUACUAUCUUUGUUACAGGAAGUGCAGUCCCGGGGUUUUAUUCUGGAUUUGGGUAUGAAUAUCCACACAUGACUUUCCAGUGGAGCCCAUUCCCUGGUACCUCUGCUGGCACUAUGACUGCUCACGGUUCAACCACACCAUCUGCUGGUGUCACCCAUCAGGUAAAUAACACUGUAAAAAGAACAGGGGAGAAGAUUAAGACCGCAGCAAGGGAGAAGGAUCUCAAGAAGAAUCUUAUGAGUACUGCAUCUACCAAAACACUUGCCAGCAAUGCUGAACCUCCAACCUCCAAGGCUGAGAGACCUGAGAAGAAAAGGAAGGUUGAUGAAAGCGCUUCUAUAAAUGGGUAUAAAGAGAAAGUAUCCAAAACUGAGACUUUAGAUUCCAGAAUGGCCAAUAAAGAACGAAACGUUGGGCAGAAUGCAAAGCCUUAUGGCACAAGUGAAGCAGCAGUUAGAUGCCACUCGGUUGCACAAGUAAAUGGAAAUGUCGGGUCCAAUGCCAAACCACUCGGUGCAGGUGAGGCUCCUGUUAGGCGUUCAGGUGCACUGCCAUUUGAUGCUCGGCAGCUGUUAAUUAACAAGGCAAGAACUGAGAUUAGAAAGAAAUUGGAAGAGAUAAAGUUGGCAGCAGCAGCAGCAGUAGCAGCGGCAGCUACAGAGGAGAAGUCAAAGAUUCAGAAUCAGAAGUCCACGGUUCUACAAACAGGAGAUGAUUUGGGUGUUUCUGUUAAUCAGUCAGUGUCAAAUGGAUUGGGAUCAACCUCAAUAACCGUCCCUGAUUCUGACUUCCAUGAUUUUGACAAGGACAGAUUAGAGGAAUGCUUCAAGCCGAAACAAAUAUGGGCUAUAUACGAUGAGGAAGAUGGUAUGCCUCGCUUGUACUGCCUGAUCCGCCAGGUUAUCUCUGUGAAACCAUUCAAGGUUCAAAUCAGUUACUUGAACUCUAAAAGUGACAGUGAGUUCGGCUUGGUAAACUGGGUUGAUUCGGGCUUCACCAAAUCCUGUGGAAAUUUUAGGGCAUGGAACACUGCUGUCAUUGAGCAAGUGAACAUUUUCUCACAUGUUCUUUGUGGACAGAAAGCUGGUAGAGGAGGAUGCAUCCGAAUUUUCCCCAAAAGAGGAGACAUUUGGGCUGUGUAUCGUAAUUGGUCACCAGACUGGAACAGAACCACCCCGGACGAAGUGAGGCACCACUAUGAGAUGGUGGAGGUCCUUGAUGAUUACACGGAAGAGCUUGGAGUCUGUGUUAGUCCCCUUGUUAAGUUAGAAGGAUUCAAGACGGUAUACCAGAAGAAUGUUGACAACAAAGCAAUAAGAUGGAUUCCAAGGAGAGAGAUGGUACGGUUUUCACACCAGGUACCAUCGUGGUCACUAAGAGAAACUAGCAACUUGCCCGAAGGAUGUUGGGAUUUAGACCCAGCAGCAACUCCAGAUGAGCUUCUUAAUUCAUGACGGAAAGAGAGAGAGAGAGCUAAUAAUCAACCCGAUCCAGCAGAGAAGUCGUGACAUCCGUAAUUGUACCAAACUACCAAUUGUAGCAUUUCAUCAGAUAGCUGGGGAUGUAAGUGUACAAAAUAUACACAUUGCCGGUCGAUUUUCAGAGAAUAGAGAGCCAGGCGGAUCAGAAGUUGGUCCACAACUUAAACCCCAGGGAUCUUUCUUACCAGACUCAUCGUCGAGUCCGUUACCGUCAGUAAGAUGAAUUCCUCGAAUCGUUGGACUUGGUUCGUUGCAUGCCUAUUCAAUGGCCCUAUUAUAUGGUUAUUCAGCUGAAAGUCCAUCCUGAAUUUGCCCCUUGUACACUUUGUGCACAUGGAUCUCCAAGGAAGCAUAUCCACGCAACAAAAUCGAAGCACAGGCCAUAGUCACGACUCACGAGUUUCCUUGUGCUAUAACGUGUGCUUGAAGCCUUGAACCAGCGUUAGAAAAUGGAAUUUUAUACCGACCAUUUAUGUGUUCAAAGUUCAAACACAUCUUAUGCGUCUCAAACUAAGCUUUAACCAUUCAAAUCCUCGGACCAAUUCUUUCCUUUGUACUUUUGCUGCAAAUUGUUUCUAAGAUUCCCCUCUUUUCAA